GUAAUUUCAUAUUUUCAAGGUAGCAUGAAUCACAACUAACCAUUCCAUGUAAAGUAAUUUCUUCUAUUUAUCAGUUCAUUUGAAAUAUUACUUACCGUUUUUCAACCAUGGAUGCUGUACUAUGUUCAAGCAGAAGCCAUUAGAUGUUUCAGAGAUUCAUCGUCCUUACCUACCACAGUUGACGAAUAUACACCAACUUAAUUCUACAUCACUCUCUAAUUUUUUUAUUCCUAAUCAUCAAGUGAAUACUAAUUUAUUUUUUCUUUCUUUGAAAGGUUUUUAUACUACGCUGUUGUGUCGUCUGGCCAAAUUGUUGUUUGACUUAACCUAUAAACUGAAAGACUCAAAGUUAUAUCUUGUAAAAUGGAUGCUCUUAGUUUUAAUACAAACAGCGGCUAUAUUGAGGCUUUAGUACGAGGAUUUAAGUCCGCUUUGCUUUCAGAACAUACAUAUGGGAAUUUAUCUCAAUGCGAAUCGCUGGAUGAUUUGCGUUUACAGCUUUCAUCAACAGAUUAUGGCGGUUUUCUUGCUAAUCAACAAAAAUUGACUAGCAGUAUCAUUGCCUCGAAGGCUACUGACAAAUUAAUCGACGAGUUCGAUAUGAUUAAACGUCAAGCUGAUGAGCAAUUAUCAAAAUUUAUGGACUUUAUAACUUAUGCUUAUAUGAUUGACAAUGUGAUGCUCCUAGUAACCGGUACCGCGAACGGCCAGGAUACUCAUGAUCUUUUGGAGCGCUGCCAUCCACUAGGUUGGUUUGAAACUCUCCCUGCUUUGUGUGUAGCUACAAAUGUGGAAGAUCUAUACAGCGUUGUUUUAGUUGAAAGUCCACUUGCACCUUACUUCAAGGAUUGCCUGUCUGCUGAUGAUUUGGAUGAGAAACAUAUUGAAAUUAUCCGAAACACAUUGUACAAAGCUUAUUUAGAAGACUUUUAUGAAUUUUGUCAAAAAAUUGGAUCUGGAACUUUUGAAACAAUGUCUCGUAUCCUCGAAUUUGAGGCCGACCGACGUGCUAUAACGAUUACAAUUAACUCUUUCGGUACUGAUUUAAGCAAAGAAGAAAGGAAUAACAUGUAUCCUUCAUUUGGACGCUUGUUUCCAUUUGGCACUUCAAUGCUGGCUAAAGCAGAGAAUGUUGGAGAUGUAGAGAAUGCUUGUAGCUUAGUGAAGGAGUACAGUUCCUUCUUCGAUCAAGUAUCUCAGAAAUCUCUUGAUGAUUGCUUUUUCGAAACAGAGGUUGAGCUUAACAAGCUUGCAUUCUUACAACAGUUCCAUUAUGGAAUUGUCUACAGCUUCUUAAAAUUAAGAGAGCAAGAAAUACGAAAUAUUACGUGGAUUGCAGAAUGUAUAAGCCAAAACCAAAAAGAUCGGGCUUCUAAUAUUAUUCCAACAAUUUAAUUUUUUUUUAAAUACUAAACGAAACCAGGCGAACAAGAUAUGUCCAGCUUUUGUAAGAAACUCUUUUUCUUUUACGCAUGUUCUUUGUGACAAAUCAAUUGACCUUGUUACUCUGUUUGUUUAUAAGAGUUCGAUGUGAUACAAUGUUAUGCACGGCAUAUUACUUUUUUGAUGAUAUUGACAGGAAGUUUGACAUAUUAUUGAUUCUCUAUACUAAUAUAGACUUCGUAAUCAAGAUAGCACAAAUUAAUUAUCCUAUACCGAUAUAACAUUCAGUACUCGAA